GUGACAAACCUUACCGGGAGAUGCCGGUUUUUCUCUUCCAGUUUCUGGAGCAGGUGCACCCUUAACUUCCCGUAAAUACUGAUAUAGGGAGGCCGAUGGGCGGAUUUUUUCAGGUUUUAGUUCUGCGGGGGGCUUGGUGAGGCCCAGGCACAGUGGGUGUGGCUGGGGGCAUUGCAACUUCUCCUGCUAACUUGCUAGCCAAGUGCAGCUAACUGCACAGUUUGCUCAGUGGAGCCACCUUGCAAGUGCAAAGUCCCCAGCUUGGCGCGCGCUCCGGGCCCCACCCCCACCUCCUCCAGCCCCACUCACGGUGUCAACGACCCCGGCCAGGCCAGAGGCUCCCGAGUCAGGGCAUCACCAGUACCAAAGAGGCAGGUCCCGGCACAGCGUUUGAUGAGCCUACUCAAACCUCCAAACGCCUGUUCCCGCAAGCUGAGCACUGGUCCCGCCGAAACCACUCCCGAGGGGCCCCCUCCCGACCCCUGCGCACUCCCCGGAGACUCCUUCCCCACGUCUGUGGCGGGACUAGCUCAGCGUCGCAGCCAAAGCUGUUCUCGGCGUUCCCGGGGCCAGUUAGGACAAGUCCCUCGGCCGCUCCGGGGCUGUAGGCUGGCGGCGAGUAGAACACCCCCGAACCUCCGGACACGGGCGCGCGCGAGUUUCCAUGGCAACCAUACCCGCCAGGGAGCCUCCGCAACACCCACCAAGCCCCAAGGACCCGGGCUUCCGGGGCCCGAGAUGGUCUCUAUGGUUUCGGCAGCCUAGAGGGGCCGAGUCCCCGGCACUUCCGGGAAGAUGGCGGCGCACUGGUCGGAGGAGGCACGUGUUCCUGCGGAGAGGGCCCCGCGGUGACGGGAUGAGAAUGAUGUCGUCUGCUCUGCUGAAGGCCUGAGUUUAGUGACCCUCCCGUCACCAUGAGUGUCACGCCAGAGAUUAAGAGUCGUGGGAUGAAGUUUGCCGAGGAGCAGCUGCUGAAGCAUGGAUGGACCCAAGGCAAAGGUCUGGGCCGGAAGGAGAAUGGCAUCACCCAGGCCCUCAGGGUGACGCUGAAGCAGGACACUCAUGGGGUGGGACAUGACCCUGCCAAGGAGUUCACGGACCACUGGUGGAAUGAGCUCUUCAACAAGACCGCAGCCGGCUUGGUUGUGGAGACUGGGCAGGAUGGAGUCCGGAUAAGGCAUCUUUCUAAGGAGACUACCCGUCGUAAUCGUCCCAAGCCCAACUUGCUGUAUCAGAAGUUUGUAAAGACGGCCACGCUGACGUCAGGUGGUGAGCAGCCAGACAAAGACGUGGAGAGCCACAGUGAUGAUGACAGCCAGGGAUCCAAGCCUCCAAAGAUUCUGACCGAUGAGAUGCUGCUCCAAGCCUGUGAGGGGCGAACAGCACACAAGGCUGCUCGUCUUGGGAUCACGAUGAAGGCUAAGCUCGCUCGGUUGGAGGCCCAAGAACAGGCCUUCCUGGCUCGUCUCAAAGGCCAGGACCCCGGGACCUCUCAACUACAGUCCGAGAGUAAGCCCCGCAAAAAGAAGAAAAAGAAAAGAAAGCAGGAAGGGGAGGAAAAGGCUACGGCAACAGAUGGGGAUGCAGAAGAGGAGUGCCCAGAGGACCCAGGCCAGAGCACCAGGAGAAGCCAGAAGAAAAGGCAACAGCGAGAAAAGGUGGUUGCAGAUGAGACAGGGGGCACAGCUGUCGGAGGCGGGGACGGGGAGGCCACAGGAACAAGUGAGCUGGGAGAGUGGAAGAACGGGGAGCAAACGGAUGAGCCCUUCGGGAAAAGGAAGAAGCGGCGGCACCGAGCAGAGAAGGUGGGGGUGUCGGGUGGAACAGGAGGCAUUGGGCCGGAGCAGUCGGAGAGCGGGGCACACGCGGAGCCGGGCAGCAGACGCGAGCAGAGGCGGCAGCAGCAAGAUUUGGGCGCAGAAGCCACGGCCCCGGCUGCCGAAGACCGCGGGGCCCAGGAGGCAGCAAGCAGAAGGCACGGUGACGGGAAAAGCAGGAGAAGCAAGAAGAAAAGGCAGCGGCCCCAGGAGGAGGAGGAGGAUGUAACAGAGGGAGAGGGGGAGGGGGGCACAGCUGGAGUCAGCCCUGAUGGGAGAACAAGGAAGGAGAAACAGAAGAAAGACUGAAGGGCAGGUCAAGGCGGGGCUCUACAGAUUCCUUUUCAGGACUUAAGUCUGAGACCCCAGUGGACGAGGGCUCCUGCGCCCUCCCCGUGGAGUCCCUCCCAAGGAGGAAGCCGAGUGCCGGAGCGCCAGCUGCUCACAGGACGGUGUGGGCACAGCGCUGGGGACUGUGGGGACAGGAAGGCAGAGGCCCUCUGGAGGGGCACCCUUGCUGAAGGCAGAUGCAGGUGUGGGCAGAAUGGACUCCAGCCCAUAGCCUGCCAGUGUCAGCACUAGAAAAAAUGGUUAGCUUGGGCUCCAGGCCAGGUCAAGUCCUGACUGGCCUCUCCACCCCCCACCUGCUAACAUCCUAAAUACAAAUUCGUUUCCUGGGA